AUUUUUCCUUCCUUAAAUUUUCAUUCUCCCGUCGUAACUUAAAAUAAAAAAGGUGUAUACAGUGAAGAUUAUUUUUAUAGUAACUACUGGAAAAUUGUAUAUGAAAUUUAAUUAAUUUGGGAGCUUCACUCAAAAAAUUUAACAAAGAAAACCUACUGAAAUUUUGUAUACACCGACUGGGUUGUUUUCCGUUUUAUUCUUUAGGGUAUUUUAAGCGCUUUCACAUGGCUCUUGAAAACUAAAACCUUCUGAAAAUUUUAAUCUCUAAACUUAUUCUCUUGUUAAUAUUAUUUUCAAAUCUAUGUUAAGUCACGUGUAUCAAAUUUUAAAUCAAUAUACCAAAAUGGUCUUGUGCACAAUAUUUUCUUAGUUGAAUUCAGUUACAUGAUAUCUUAGAUUUUUUCAACAAAAUUAUAGAUGUAAGUGAUGGAUAACACAUUAGUCUCUCUGUUUUUUUCUGAAUAAAAAAGAGUAAACGGAAAGUGUUAGUGAAGAAUUGUGGUUUGGUGAUGUGCUAACAGUGCGAGGGUGGAGAAAGAGGAGCAUGGUGUGGUGGGUUUUACUGUGAGGUGAGAAUUGAGAAAGGUUGGUGUCAAAUUGUGAAGCCACAUGUCUGCACAAGGGCUUUUCUACAACAUGCUUCUUCUUCAACGAGGUUCUUACUCUGCAACUCAAAUGGGGUUGUAGAUUUCACACACACAACAACUCUCAAAUUUCGUGGACAUUGGAGAUGUUGGAUGUGAUGUCUUUGAGUUAUCCGUUCCAAACAUUAUUACUAGGUUGUGUAACUGCUCCUACUCGCAGAUACUUUUGCAGGACAAGGUGGUGCCAUGUUCAAGCCACACCCCCCUCUUCAGUUAUUUUGAAUGCAGAUGAAAGUGGGAAAUUUUCUGAGAAGAUUCAUGCCACAAACCUUGCUUCAGGAAAGGGUGUUCCUUUCGCCACUCAGGGAAGUACUGUGGGUAUAAUUGGAGGGGUGUCUGUGGAUGCCACUCUCAAAUUUUUGAGAAAACUUGUGGAGUUGAGUUCAGAAGAUGGAGGAAAUUCUAUUCCUUUUGUUCUGUGUUCUGAUCCUCUCUUUAGUAAGGAGCUUCUGUCCUUCGAAAGGAGUUAUUUUGUUUCUAGCACAAGUAGAGCGGAAAAUUUGAAGCUGGAUUCUUCUCCGAUUGUGGAGAGUCUCAGAAACAAGAGGGUUUUUCUUGAGAAUUCUGGGGCCAGUUGCAUAGUCAUUCCUUGUAAUGUGUCACAUUCUUGGUAUGAACAAGUGUGUGAGGGAUGUUCUGUUCCUGUUCUUCACAUGGCCGAGUGUGUUGCCAAGGAGCUCAAGGAAGCUAAGCUAAAGCCUCUUGAAGCUGGUAGUCCUUUGCGGAUUGGAGUACUAGCAACAAAUGCAACUCUGGCAGCAGGUUUUUAUAAAGAGAAGCUUCAAAAUGAAGGUUUUGAGGUUGUACUGCCUGAUAGAGCAACAAUGGAGCAUACAGUGAUACCUGCAAUUGAAGCUUUGAACAGAAAGGACAUGGAAGGGGCAUGCAAUCUAUUGAGAAUUGCACUUCAAGUUCUUUUGGUGAGAGCAGCAAAUUCUGUUAUUCUUGCUUCUGAUGAUAUGCGGGACCUCUUGCCCCCAGAUGAUCCUCUUCUCAGAAAAUGUGUUGACCCAAUGGACGCAUUAGCCAGGUCAACUAUGAAAUGGGUAAAAUCCUCUGAGCAUAAUUUAUGAAUAACAAAGGAAAGCAACUACUGUAUUUCAUUGUGUAUCAAUAUUCUUCUGAUUUCAUUGAUAUCGUUCAUUUCAUUAAUGCAAACUCUUGUACUCAAUAAUACUGUAAUCAUGCUGAAGAUUUAUGUGGAUUUUCAGAGCAUGUAUUGCUUUAUAUUCAUGUGCAGAUCAGUGUUAUUUGAGCUUUCAAAA